AUGUCGACACCUUCCAAUAGUAAUAACACCACCACUACCAACAACAACAACAACAACAACGACAGCAACAACUCGUGCCUCCCCGUGAUGGUCCAGCUGGAAAACGCAGCAAAGAAACUCACGCUCUACGCACGGGCAAUCCGCGACCAGCUCACACGACUGAAAGAAGAAGUGGUGCUUGAGAAACAGGCCGUUCUGACGUCCGAAGACGACGUGAGCGAGUCGUCGGCGCGGCUGCAGGAGAUCGAGGAGCUCAUGAACAAGCUGCAGCGCGACAUCGGGGCGUUACGCCGGUCGCCGUUGUCUCAGGAGAAUGAGAAUGGGAGUUUAGCUGCACGGGAGCAAGAGCUCGACGAGCUCAAAGAGGAGCGCUGCGAAGAACUGGAGCUCCUCGCUCAUAUUCAGAAGAUGCUGCAAAGACAUCAGGAUACACACUCUACUAUGAAGCGAAUGAUUGCGUCGCUUACGAAAGAAAGUCAUCGCGUGCGUCAACGGGAGGAGAUCAUUGUCUUGGUGGCGUUGCGGAGUCGCUUUGUCAAGGUCUUUGGCUCGAAAAUCUAG